CCCAGCCAUGCGCAAACCGGCUGGAGAGCGAGGACGGACAGCAAAUGAGCGAGGUGCGCUCCCCCAGUUCGGGGCCCUCCAGUCCCCUGUCUGUCCACUCGGAGUCCAGCUGCGCCAGUCCAGAGCCAAAGUCUGCCCCGGCGCAGCAGAGGGUCAGGAGGCCGCUGAACGCCUUCAUCAUCUGGACUAAAGAGGAGCGCAGGCGACUGGCGCAGCUCAACCCAGACCUGGAGAACACCGAUCUCAGCAAAAUACUUGGAAAAACAUGGAAGGCUAUGCCCUUGGCUGAGAAGCGUCCCUACAUGCAGGAGGCUGAACGCCUGAGGGUCCAGCACACCAUUGAUUAUCCCAACUACAAGUACAGGCCCCGUCGGCGCAAGCAGCUGAAGAAGAACCCUAAGACCCUGCCAGCAGAGGCUUCUCCACUCUGCAGCUCUGGCUCCACCAUUCCCUACAACCUCACCUAUCUGCUCCAGAACCACCAGCAGCAGCAGACAUUCCACAACUCACCUCCAUUCCCUCAUUCAUCCCUCCACUAUAACAGCUACAUCAACCCAGCCGUCCCUGACUCUGAAGCAGCCACUGCAGCAAACAGUUUCUCCAGGGACCCUGCUGUGCGCUCAAACCCUCCUGGGUACCAGCCAGAGCCUCAGGCGUACUUUAGCUCCCAGCAAAGAUACAUGCAGCACGGGUUCUCCUCGUCUACAGCUCCUCUCCUGGACCAGAGGGAGUCCAGGCUCUACGGGGUCCAGCAAUGCCCAACAGGGCCUUCCUUGGAGUUUUACUUGGAGCAGGUUCAGCUGGACAUGCUGUAUGAUUUAGACCGCAGCGAGUUUGAACAGUACCUGGGUCCAAAACACCACGGGUCAGGGCCAGCAGAGCAGAGCAGCUACAGAGGAGGAUGCUAUUUGUGA